AUGCUGCCCAUCCUCUUCCAGGACGCUGUUCUUCUCACUCGAGCCUUUGGGGUCGAAUACCUGUGGAUUGACGCAUUAUGCAUUAUCCAGGAUGAUAGUAGCGAUUGGACCAUGGAAUCGACUAGAAUGGCAGAUGUAUAUUCUCAAGCUCACCUCACAAUCUCAGCAGAUGCUGCCAAGGAUGCGAGUGAAAGUAUUUUCUCUGCAACAUACGAUUCGGCCAAUAAAGCUGUCAGUAUACCAUGCUCGGGACUGUCAGAUGGAGUGAGUAGUCAUGUACAUGCACGAGAAACGGUCUUAGAUGUAUCCCACAACUUUUCCGUCUUCUAUCUCGAAGUCCAAAAGGAUAUUGGACAUGGUAAUUUCAAAGCAAACGUUUUAGAUAAGAGAGCAUGGGCAUUUCAGGAGCGACUUCUCUCCCCUAGGACACUUCACCAUACUGCAAAUGAGAAGGUGUUUGAGUGUAGAGAAAAUUGGCGUUGUGAGUGCACUCUAGAAAAGUAUGAAUCAAAGGGCCGAUUGUUCAAGAUACAGCAGCCGAUCGGAAAUAAAGAUAUCUUUACUCGGAAAGAACCGAGAUUCGACUGGCAAAGUAUCAUUGAACAGUUCACAUCAAGGAAGGUCACGUAUGAUACUGACCGCCUUCCCGCAAUAGCAGGAGUAGCUAGUUCGAUGAAGCCUUACACCCCUGACGACUACUUAUUUGGCUUGUGGAAAUCAGAACUUUUUACAAACUUGCUCUGGUCCACAUUCAUACUAGGCAACGGACACUCUCGCCGGAACAACUCACAGUAUGCUCCUACGUGGAGUUGGGCGUCUGUGACCUCUCUUGUUUCCCUAGGUCGACAGAAUGCAAAGCGACGAUAUUGUGAAGUUUUAGAUACAACUGUAUUGCGGACGACCAACAGUCCUUAG